AUGACGACUAGCCCGGAAGAUGACAUCAAGGCGAAAUCUGCCCGUGCAAAACGGAAUGCGCAAUUCAGAGAGUUCUUCUCUCAGCCGUUCGCCUCCGCCUUCUGUGCCGGUGGUGUGGCCGGUGCCGUCUCCCGAACUGUCGUCUCCCCUCUCGAGCGGCUGAAGAUCCUCUUUCAAGUCCAAGGCGCCGGACAUACUGAAUACAAGCUAGGGGUGGGCAAGGCGCUGGUGAAAAUGUGGAAGGAGGAGGGAUGGAGAGGGUUCAUGCGUGGUAAUGGUACGAACUGCAUCCGCAUAGUUCCCUACUCAGCUGUCCAGUUCGGAAGCUACAACUUCUAUAAACGGCAAUUUUUCGAGACGACCCCCAGCGCCGUCAUGGGACCCUUCGAGAGACUUUUCUGUGGUGGCAUUGCAGGCAUCACGUCGGUCUUCCUCACAUACCCGCUCGACAUUGUGCGGACUCGUCUUUCGAUUCAGUCGGCGUCUUUCGCUGCGCUUAGCAGCACGCCGAGGGACCAGCUGCCCGGCAUGUGGAGCACCUUGGCGAUGAUGUACAAAAACGAGGGUGGUAUACCCGCCUUGUACCGUGGCAUAAUACCUACUGUGGCGGGAGUGGCCCCAUACGUCGGCCUGAACUUCAUGACGUACGAGUUUGUGCGGAAGUACUUGACUCCCGAAGGCGACCAGAACCCCAGCGCCGCACGGAAACUACUUGCUGGUGCUGUCUCUGGUGCCGUCGCCCAAACCUGCACAUAUCCAUUUGAUGUACUGAGACGGAGAUUUCAAAUCAACACGAUGUCAGGUAUGGGCUAUCAGUACAAGUCGAUCGGAGACGCCAUCAGGGUCAUCAUAAAACAGGAAGGGCCACGAGGCUUGUAUAAAGGCUUAAUUCCGAACUUGCUCAAGGUAGCACCUAGCAUGGCGGCGAACUGGCUCAGCUUCGAAGUCACGCGGGACUUCCUGGUCGCGUUGAAGCCGGAGCCUGCCGACUUAUAG